AUGAUGCUGAUGCUGUCCGACAUGAUGGGGGAGAACGACGACGACAACAGCGAGCUGAGCGAACACGGGCGGUUCCUUACUAAGGGCGCCUUCCUUCUAACACCCUCGCACGACCUCACUUUAGACAAGGCGGCCAACAUUUGCGACAAACUGAACUUCAGGGGAAGCUUCAGCCUGACGAAGACGGCGACCGGCGUAUUGUUCAAAUUCUCGGAGCCAGAGGACUUUCAGCAAGUUUUCAGGAAGGGCUUUCACAAGGUGACAGGCGGACGCCUGUACAGGAAAGUGGCCAUACCCUGCAGACCCCAAAAGACCUUCUCUCUGUUGGUCCACGAAGUCCCUCACGAUCUACCCGAAGACGACAUCAGGGCUAGCCUCUACAGAUAUGGGGCGGUGUUUUUCCAGGUGGAAGUCACCAGACUCCAGAACAGAAUGGACCAGCCGCCCGGCUCCCCUCCCGCCAUUCGCAUCACCGUGGCCUCCCUCGACGAGUACAACAGCCUCCUCCAGCAAGGCCUCGACUUUUAUGGUGCCACGUACUUCCCCACGGAGCCGCUGAAGAAGGAACAGCUUAGAGGCAGUAAAGAAAAACUGCUGCCCGUUUUCGACUCGUCGGGAUUCUCCAGGAUACCGCCUCCCCCGACCAGGACCCUAAAACCCUUAAGAUCAUAAAGGGAAACAUCCACCACUAUCGGCCACUGGAUAUAAAUGCUCGAUAUAAAAAAAUAACACGUUUUUGUCAAUUCUGAACAAGAAUUUUUGAUGGUCGACACUUUUCACGUUUAAAAGCGAGUAUUAACAAUUAAUCAAUUGGAUUUUGGUCUGGCGGGAAUAACGGAUAUCGGAUUAUGGUUUUGAUUAGGGAAAUAUUUUUUUUAGAAAAAAUACUUGAAUACUUCAAUGGUUUUGUUGAAGUGUUAUGUUUUAUUAAUUUAUUUACAAGCACCUGUUUUUUUUUAAGAAGUUCUACUGUACUGUUACUGAAGAUUUUAAUCUAAUGUCUGCACAUGUUUAUGAAUA